AUGAUAAGAAAGAUUUUGAGAUGUUUAAAUGAGGCUAAAUAUGGGCCUUUACCAGAAAAGGUUAAACCAAAAUAAGAAAACUCGAGCACAAAGCAUGCUUUUACUGCCACUGUUAUUGAAUUCAAUAACUCAAAGGAGAAUUAAUAUGAUGAAUGGUUUAAUAUUGGUGAUGAUAUUCUAAUCAACAAGAACUUUGUUAUUGAUACAAGAAAAUACAGUGUUAAUUAAUUUAACAAAAUGAAGAGAGUCGAGUAUGUUACUUUAAACUCAGACAGUAGUAUAAUUAAUAUAUAUUUUGAAGAUUAUAUGAGAUAUCCUACUGUCAACUGGAAAGAGAUGGUUGACGCUCUGAAGGUUUCAUAGCAUGAAAGAUUGGUACUUUUAGGUUAAAAAAUAGAAGAGUUUAAGAGUAGUUUGAGGGAAUUUGAGUAAAGGUUGCAAGAAGAAUAUAGUUUUGAAGAUAUUAAUAAUUAACCUUAAGUUGUCGAAGAUGAUAAAUCAGAAGAGAAGCUUGUGGAGUAGCGCCUGAGAAAGCACUUAUAAGACCACCCUAAUUCUGGAGGGUUUUAUGUAAAGAGAGAUUAUGUUAUGGGAAAGGGUUAUAUUGUGAAAUCAGUUCAUAUCACUAAAUCGCUUAUAGAUAUGAUUGGGUGGACUAUGGAGGAAUAUUUGAUGGAAACAGCCUUAACCAGAUAACAUCCAGAAUGUAUACUUAAUAUGUACUAUAUGGAAAAUUUAGUAUAAACCUUAGAAUGCAUUAAAUACUCCUUUUUACAGUAAGAGUAUACUUCUUCUUAAGAAAAUAUUUCCAUUCUUCACAAAUCUUCACAGAUAUUCGAGGCUAGAUGCUAAGCUCUCUCUAUUCCUAAAACAGGGGAUUUUAUUAUGCGUAUUGAAAUACCCGAAACCCUUUCAUUUUCAGAUGAUUCAGCAACUUUGCAAUUGUUCAAGAAACCAAAGUAAAAGAAAUUUACUUAUCAAGAGAAGUAAUUCAUCGAGUAAUUUUAUUCGCAAGUCAAUGAAGAUUCUGGAGAUGAUUAAGAAGAAAAUAUCAAUAAAAUAUGCAAGUAUAGAGUGAUUUCACAAAAUCCAAUGGUUAGUUGCUGA